CAUAGAGGUUGUCAUCUACUGCUGUCACAUUCCGGUGCUUGUGUGUCGGUGCGAGUGUUGCGUGGAACAAAUUGGUCAUUGAGUCUUGAGUCCCUCAAGAGUGUGCCGUAAAGUGUCAGUUGGUGUCGUUGUAAUUUACGUCUGCUCGAAAUCUACCUACGGGCGAUGCAGUAGCUCGCAAGCACCGUUUUGUCCCGAGAAAACCGCGCUCUCGCGGUUAAUUGUAUCACCGUCCCGAAGGGAUUUGUGGAAAAAGUUCUCAUCAGUUCUCGAUUUCGCGCAGAAAAGUUGCCUCGCGCAAAAUGUUGAAAAAUGCUGGCAAGCGACCAGGUGCAAGUCCAACAUAGUUGAUAUAUACGAUCAUUCGUCGGUUCGCACUGAUGUUGACACACUGAGAAGCGAGCAGUGAGCGAGCGACAUAUAUCUCCAACCGCGGUGUGGGGAGUGGUGAUGAUGCAAAAUAAUUCCAAAACCAGAGAAAUGUUUAUCGUCCGAGCUUUGGAAAAGAUAUUAGCCGAUCGGGAUGUCAAGCGGUCGCAUCUCUCGCAGCUCAGAAAGUCCUGCGAGUCUGCACUUGAGGAUCUUCGUAACGAGAUCAAAGACGUACCAGCUGUGCAAGGUGAAGAGGUAACCUCUAAUGCUCUUCCGCAACCAAAGAGCGACUCAAAUGUCAUUACGGCAGAGAAGUAUUUUCUGCCGUUUGAGUUGGCAUGUCAGAGCAAAUCGCCGCGGAUCGUGGUGACUGCGCUGGAUUGUUUGCAGAAAUUGAUUGCUUACGGACAUCUGACCGGCAAUGUGCCCGAUUCAACAGAACCCAACAAAUUACUAAUUGUGCGAAUUGUCGAAACAAUCUGUGGCUGUUUUACUGGUCCGCAGACUGAUGAGGGUGUGCAGCUGCAGAUCAUUAAAGCCUUGUUGACUGUAAUGACAAGCCAGCAUGUGGAAGUGCACGAAGGCACAGUACUUUUGACAAUUCGUACCGUUUACAAUGUUUAUUUGGCAUCACGUAACUUAGUUAACCAGACAACGGCUCGCGCAACCCUCACGCAGAUGAUUAACGUAAUAUUUGCACGGAUGGAAACUCAGGCUGAGGAAGAGAACAUGAGAAUCGAGGGAGAGCAGCAGCAGGAGACUGCAGUUGUGACAAACGGCGAGACUGAAACUGACUUAAGCACAGAAAACACUUCUAUCAGCAACGACACUGUCGAUUCUCAAACGAUUGUCAAGGGCAUUCUCGACGACGUGAUGAAUUCCGUGGUCCCACUGGAGGAGGAAGUCAGCUUAGAGAACGGUAACACGGAGGACAAUGGCGAUGAGGCAGCUGCGGAAAAUGAUAACAUGGUUACCGCCAAGUUUACGCACGUGUUACAAAAAGAUGCGUUUCUGGUGUUUCGCGCUCUCUGCAAGCUUUCCAUGAAACCACUACCUGACGGCACACCCGAUCCAAGAUCGCAUGAACUUCGCUCUAAAAUUCUGUCGUUGCAACUACUUUUAGGAAUCUUGCAGAACGCCGGCCCCGUGCUGCGUUCCAAUGAAAUGUUCGUCAUCGCCAUUAAACAAUAUCUGUGUGUCGCGCUGUCGAAGAACGGCGUGUCCUCGGUGCCGGAGGUAUUCGAGCUGUCGCUGGCGUUGUUCCUGGCGUUGCUCGCGCGUUUCAAAAUGCAUCUCAAGAUGCAGAUUGAAGUGUUCUUCAAAGAAAUUUUUAUGAACAUCCUCGAGACUUCCAGCAGCUCUUUUGAGCACAAGUGGAUGGUCAUACACGCGCUUACAAGAAUUUGCGCGGACGCCCAGAGCGUUGUCGAUAUUUAUGUUAAUUACGAUUGCGAUCUAUCCGCGGCUAAUCUCUUCGAAAGGCUCGUCAACGAUCUCUCCAAGAUUGCUCAAGGUCGUCAGGCUUUGGAACUUGGCGCAUCACCGAAUCAGGAAAAAUCGAUGCGCAUUCGCGGCCUCGAGUGCCUCGUCUCUAUCUUGAAAUGUAUGGUAGAAUGGAGCCGAGACUUAUACGUGAACCCCAGCGUGCCAGCAGAUCAGCAACCGAUAUCGGACCCGCCUGAUCCAGCGCCGGAGACUCCGCUUCCGCGUUACGGCAGCGCUGGCAGUCUCUCGUCGGCCAACUCCAGUCUGACCGGCAACAAGGAGGUGCCGGAUUCGCCGGAACAGUACGAGGUGCAGAAGCAACAGAAGGAAGUAUGGGAGACCGGCAUCGAGAUCUUCAGCCGUAAACCCGGAAAGGGCGUGCAAUAUUUGCAGGAACAAGGAUUGCUCGGCACUUCGCCGGAGGAUGUGGCCAGAUGGCUGCAUCUGGACGAGCGACUCGACAAGACGGCCAUCGGCGACUUUCUAGGCGAUCAUAAUCACAAUCAGGUGAUGUACCAUUACAUUGACCAGAUGAAUUUCGCCGAUCGCGAUCUGGUAACUGCGCUGAGAUACUUCCUGGAAGGUUUUCGAUUGCCCGGCGAAGCGCAGAAAAUCGACCGACUAAUGGAGAAGUUCGCCAGUCGCUAUUGCGAAUGCAAUCCUAACAAUGGCCUUUUCACCAGUGCAGACACAGCCUAUGUCCUUGGUUUCUCCAUCAUAAUGCUGACUACUGAUUUGCAUUCGCCGCAGGUUAAAAACAAGAUGACCAAGGAACAAUAUAUUAGGCUUAAUCGGCGUAUCAGCGACAACGAAGAUCUCCCCGAGGAAUAUCUUUCUAGAAUUUACGACGAAAUUGCUGGCAACGAGAUCAAGAUGAAGUCAAAUCCGAACAAUAAUCGACUCGCUGGCAAGCAACUGAUUUCCAGCGAAAAGAAACGACGAUUGUUAUGGAAUAUGGAAAUGGAAGUAAUCUCUACAGCGGCGAAGAACUUGAUGGAAUCUGUGAGUCACGUUCAAGCGCCGUUCACCACGGCGAAACAUUUGGAACACGUGCGGCCGAUGUUCAAGAUGGCUUGGACGUCGUUUCUCGCGGCCUUCAGCGUCGGUCUUCAGGAUUGCGACGAUCCGGAGAUCGCGUCGCUCUGUUUAGACGGUAUCAGAUGUGCCAUUCGUAUCGCUUGUAUCUUUCACAUGACUCUCGAACGCGACGCCUACGUGCAGGCAUUGGCAAGAUUCACUCUGCUAACGGCCAAUUCUCCUAUAACCGAGAUGAAAGCGAAAAACAUCGAUACCAUUAAAACCCUCAUUACCGUGGCUCAUACCGACGGUAAUUAUCUAGGCAGUUCGUGGUUAGACGUCGUCAAGUGCAUCUCACAGCUGGAAUUGGCACAAUUGAUCGGCACCGGAGUACGUCCUCAGCUGCUGGGUCCGCCGUCGAAACCGCAUUUCCCACUGCCGCUGGCAAACUUUGGCAAUCUCACGCACUCUAUUAACUUGCAUCAAACCAACAAUCUCAACUUGAGCUCUCUGGAUCCCAGUGUAAAGGAGUCUAUCGGCGAGACUAGCUCGCAGAGCGUCGUUGUUGCUGUCGAUCGCAUCUUCACCGGCUCCACCAGGCUCGACGGCGACGCCAUCGUCGAAUUCGUCAAAGCUCUCUGCCAGGUCUCUCUCGAAGAACUGGCGCAUCCCACACAACCCCGCAUGUUUUCUCUCACGAAGAUAGUCGAGAUUUCGUAUUAUAAUAUGGGUCGUAUAAGACUGCAGUGGUCCAGAAUUUGGCAAGUUCUCGGCGAUCAUUUCGACAGAGUCGGUUGCAGUCCUCGGCAGGAUAUCGCGUUCUUCGCGGUGGAUUCUUUGAGGCAGUUGGCCACGAAGUUCAUCGAAAAGGGAGAAUUUGCCAAUUUUAGGUUCCAGAAAGACUUUCUCAGGCCGUUCGAGCAUAUUAUGAAGAAAAACAGGUCACCCGUUAUCAGAGAUAUGGUCGUUCGAUGCGUGGCGCAGAUCGUUCAUUCGCAGGCGCCCAAUAUUAGAUCCGGUUGGAAGAAUAUCUUCAGCGUGUUCCAUCAUGCGGCCAGCGAUCGUGACGAGUCCGUCGUCGAGCUGGCAUUUUGUAUGACUGGAAAGAUUAUCAACGAGCUGUAUGCGGAGAACUUCAGCAUCAUGGUGGACUCCUUCCAGGACGCCGUCAAGUGCCUGAGCGAGUUUGCGUGCAACGCGUCUUUUCCGGACACCAGCAUGGAGGCAAUUCGGUUAAUACGGUCCUGCGCGUCUUACAUCGAUGCGAAUCCUAGUCUAUUUGCCGAGGGUAUGAUGGACGAGAGCGGCAUGGUUUCCGAGGAAGAUCGAGCUUGGGUGAGAGGAUGGUUUCCGCUGCUGUUUGAACUGUCCUGCGUAGUGAGCAGGUGCAAACUGGACGUACGAACGCGCGCGCUGACAGUACUUUUCGAUGUUGUUAAGACACAUGGCGCGUCUUUCAAACCACAUUGGUGGAAGGAUCUCUUCCAGGUUCUCUUCAGAAUCUUCGAUAAUAUGAAACUGCCUGAGCAGCAUACAGAGAAAGCCGAAUGGAUGACAACAACUUGCAAUCAUGCAUUGUACGCUAUUGUGGAUGUCUUCUCGCAGUUUUACGAUAUCUUAGGCCCGUUGUUGCUGGAACAGUUGUAUUCCCAGCUACUUUGGUGUGUUCAGCAGGAUAACGAACAACUGGCCCGAUCGGGCACCAAUUGUUUAGAAAAUUUAGUUAUCAGCAACGGCAUCAAGUUCGACGAGCAAACUUGGGAAAAGACCUGUCAAUGCGUUUUGGAUAUUUUCGAGAGUACUUUACCCUCCGCGCUGCUCACGUGGAAACCGCAGUCUCCCAACAAAGAGUCCGAUCUCGAUGUGAUCACCGGCGAAUCCGACGGUCAUCACGUUGGCAUACUGAAGAGGAGCAACAGCGUGCAAAGUCUGAGUACCGAGUCUCUGCCGAAAGCGAAACUUUUUUCCGCGUUGCAGAUCAAAUGCGUGGUUCAACUGGAACUGAUACAGACCAUCGACAAUAUUGUUUUCUAUCCGGCAACCUCGCGCAAGGAGGAUCAAGAGAAUCUGGCGCUCGCGCAAGCCGACAUGUUGAACGGCAAAACGUCCGAGCUCGUUAAGGCCGGUGCCGAUCAGCAAAAAGAAGAGCAAGGCAUGUACUGCGCUCUGACAACUAAUCAUCUCCUGCAGUUGGUGGAGUGUCUGUUGCGAUCGCAUCGCUUCGCUAAAAGCUUUAAUUCAGAUCACGAACAACGCAACGUAUUGUGGAAGGCGGGCUUUCGCGGCAACGUAAAGCCAAAUCUAUUGAAACAGGAAACGCAAUCGCUCGCCUGUGCUCUACGUAUUCUUUUCAAGAUGUACAGCGACGAGGCGCAUCGGGCGGACUGGCCCAAAGUUGAAACCCGUCUGGUUGAAGUGGCGUGCGAGGCGCUCGAGUACUUCCUUGCGAUUGCCAAUGAGGCCCAUCGCGACGCCUGGACGCCGAUAUUGCUGUUAGUGCUCACCCGGAUUCUCAAGAUGAGUGACCACCGUUUCGCGGUUCACGCGUCCACCUGCUAUCCGUCUCUGUGCGAGGUUAUGUGUUUCGACCUCAAGCCCGAGCUCAGAUCGGUACUGCGCAGAUUCUUCCUCAGGAUCGGUCCGGUUUUCAGAAUCACGCAGCAGUAGUGACAAGUCAGCACGUAGGGGUGGGAUAUUCACGGUCGCUUGAAUUGGUUCUGAACGAAAUCGAUCGAACUUACUUGAGGGAACUGAUAUAUCGUACACCCAUCUCUACCCCAACAGUAGAAAUGUAAUUAAAUGUAAAGCGCGAUUUAGAUACUUCGGCUCGUGUUUAGGCUGUUUAUACACGAUCCAACGAUUCACUUAAAAGUUUUCCCCUCGGAUAUCGGAUUACUUUCUGAGUCUAUAAAUUAUGCAUAUUGCGAUUAUUUUUACGUCCCACAGUUCAAGUUGAUCGCACUACGAUUUGCUCUCGUUUGAUUCAAAUAACAAUUAUACGCUUACAACGUGACUUGGAAUUUUAUUUGUUUAAUUUGUAGACUGUAAAUAGUAUAU